CGUCAUAGUUGCCAACGGUCACAAAGAAAUGAAUUCAAAAAACCAUAUUCUCAACGGUCACCUCAGUUCGUUCUUACUCAACAUUUUCCCAUCUUCUCCAAUUUUGCCUCCAUUUUUCGUUGAAUAACCAGAGCACAAGCCCUGAAAAUACAGGAAAGGAAAUGAAGGGUUUUGAAAAAGGCAUCUCUCCUUCGAAAUCGAAUUCGAACCGCAGUCUCCCGUCUUCUGGAUCGGUGGAGAAUAAUGAAAACGAUUCAAAAGGGGAAAAACUGACCCCAAAAUUCGCAAACAACAAACCUGCAUAUGGUAAAAGUUUCAUGUCUGGAGUCACAAGAAAGAAAAUUCUUGCCGAGAUUAAGGGAAUUCCAAAGGCUUCUGUUGCUCAAGCUCACGAAAACUCCAAUCUUGACUCGGAAAGGAGUCCCCCAAAAAGGAGAGUUUUCGAUUCAUCUGUGAAGGUUUAUGACCCUUUGACGAACUACCUCUCUCCGCGGCCUCGUUUCCUGCGUUUCAAUCCCAAUAGGCGUCGCGAGAUAUUCGCGAGAUUAGAGAAGGAGUUGAAUACCUCUCUUGAUUCUGAGGAGGCUAGUGGUGAUGAGGAGAUUGUAGACUCUUCUCUUUCGCCUCCGAAAGGGAGUGGUGAUGGUGAUGCCAUUGAUUGUUGUGAGGUGAAAGAGGAGGGGAUUGGGGAGAUUGUAGCCUCUUCUCUUUCCCCUCCGAAAGAGAGUGAUGUGGAUCGGAGAAAUGGAGGAAUAUCUGAUGAAGAUAAUGGCAGUGUUGUUGAUGGUUAUGAGGGGGAGGAGGAGGAAGAGAUGGAGGAGAGGGGAGGGUGUGUUAGAGGAUUGUUAAAGCUUCUGUUUACAUUGAUUGCUUGUUUGUUGUUAACCUCGUACAUGUUUCCGAUGAACUCACCGACAGAUUCAACAACUUUAAGUGGUGUUGUGAUCAAGAAUGAAACAGUUGAAUUUGUCAGCAAGGAUUUGAGUGGUAAUAGUUUCUUUGAAGUGGGAGAUGGAGGUGGUAGCAGUGUUGAGGAGGCGAGAGUCGAGGUGGGAAGUUAUCGUGAAUCUGAUGAGAGAACUGAGGCUCAGAUUGUUGAGUAUUUGGAGUGGAAUAACAGAAUUGAGGAGGUAGAAGAUGAGGAAGCAAACUAUGGUGACAAUGAAAACGAUGAGAACGUCGAGGCAGAAAUUACUGAAUAUUCAGAGUGGGAUGAGAAGGAGAUGUUUGAAAAUGAGAAUGUGGAUGGUGAAGAUGCACAAUUUGAGGGAGUGAGGGAUGCUCGAUUCGAGUUUAGAGUGGGUGAAUCUGAGCAUUUGUUAGAUGUAAAAAACGAUGAAAACGUAGAUGGUGGCAUCUUGUUGGAUAUGGAAGUAGUGUCUUCUUAUGCUGGUUUGGAUGAGGAUAGUUUGUCUAAGGAAACAGAGAAUUUGGUUAGCCCGGAAACUGCUGAGAGUGAAGAUGAUAGCUUCAAUCCGUUGGAACCUAUUUUCGAGGAGACACCAGUGGAGUCCAAAGACACAGAUGAGACAGGAUCAGUACAAGAAGAGUUGAGUGGUUCUAUGGAUGAAGCUGAUGAUAUUGGAGAUGAUGAUGAUGCUGAAGUUGGAAUGGAGAAAUCGCAAUGGAGCACCAUUAUUGCUGGCGUUUCAGCACUACUAGUCGUAGUUUCAACAUCACUAGCCAUCGUUUAUCAUUCGAGGCAACAAUCAAAAAGAGGCACAUCUUCUAAAGAAGCACCAAAGCAAAACCUUGCAGUUGAGGGAAAUGCAAACCCUGUGCUGCUUCCUUCCAUCGAUAGGAAAGUCGAGUUCUUGCCUAGAGCUUCGCUGCCAUUUCACUCGAUGAGAGAAGCCCCCAGAGAACUCUCCAGCCACAUCCACGCCCCAACAGUCGAGCUGAUUGGUGAAAUUGUCGUUGGACAGCCUAGAUACUCUGAAAACAAUCGAGACAAUGCUGCUACAUUGUCUUGGACGCGUGGCUCACGCCCUCAAGUGGUUCCUGCGCCGUCUCAGCCAUCUUCAGUCGAGCUUCAUCCAUCUGUCAGUUCCACUUCAAGUGGAAGCUUUACUACUGAAAGAAAGACCUCAAAGAAGGAGAGGGGCCAAAUUAAAGAAGCCAUGGUUGUUCCUACUCGGGUUAGACGAUCAAGCAGACUCCGAAAUCGACCAGCAGUUAUGUCCCAAUGAAUCUUCAUCAGUUAGCUAGGUUCUUGUCUAAAACAGCACCCUCAGUUGUUUCUGCAAUCUAAAACAGCACCCUCUUUUGUGAUCUAAUGUUGUCUUCCAAUAUCUAGCUGUAUUCUUUAGGAACUAAUCCUUUUAAUCUUUAAAUGAAAUCAGUUACUACUAUA